CCACCGGCCCCGGCCCUGCGGGAUGCUUCGCCCCCCGGCACUGUGGGCUGGGGGUCCCCUCCCAUGGCAGGGACCCCCCUGGAGCUGCACGGGGCUCCGGACAUGGGGACGGGGUCCUGGGGGUCACCCCCCUGUGGCCCUGCUGCGGGAACCCCCCCAGAGGUGCUUGGGGUUCCCGACAUGGGGUCGGGGGCCUGGGGGUCGUCCCCCUACAUCCCUGCGACGGGGACCCCCGAGGAGCUGCACGGGGCUGUCGCCUCCAACGUCUCCUCGUGGCUGUCCCCUCCUCACUGCGCAGGGGCAGGGUCCCCCCCGGGCCUCCCUGGUGACCCCCUCCUGGACGCGGGGCUGAUGCUGCCGGAGUUCGUGGAUGCAGGGACAGUCACCGAGGACCUCUCCGCAGACCUGCUCUCUCUCUUGGAGGCUCUGCUCCCACCACAGCCCCAGGACUGA